AUGGGCCCCCGUACCGACUCCUCAUGCUGCUGCCAGGCCCGUAAUCUGUCAUGGGCCCCUGUACCGCCUCCUCAUGCUGCUGCCAGGCCCGUAAUCUGUCAUGGGCCCCUGUACCGCCUCCUCAUGCUGCUGCCAGGUCCAGAGUGUGUCAUGGGUCCCUGUACGGCCUCCCAUUGCUGCUGUCUCCAUCGCCACACUCUGCCAUGUGCCACUUUCAGGUCUCCUCACACUGCUGGUGGGUUCCAUUUUGUCAUAGGGUGCUGUAUGGCCUCCCAUUGCUGCUGCCUCCACUGCCACACUGUGGCUCCACACUCUGGUUUUGGCCCCGUGACUGCCAUUUUGUCAAAUGAGUGAAGUGUGCGGUGAUUCUAAGAUCGACGGCACUCAUCUGCAUGUCAUACUGACUGACAGUAUUAUUUCUCUUCCCCAGCAGACUCCAAGGGCAUUUAAAUUAAAGGUACAGUGUUCUGCACUAAUAUAA